AUGGGUAACAGAAAACGGAGCAAAAAAUCGGGCGGCGAUGCUACAUUUAAUAAAUCAACUGCUAGUACAAAUCCAGAUCGUCCCAAGCCGGCCGCAGGCAGCAGAAUGCGCGAUAAAGCUACGGUUAAACGUCUUAAUAUGUACCGAGAUACUGGCAGAUCUAGAAGAAAUUCAUCUGGAAAAAUAGUAAAGCGAGCUGCAUUCCAAUCGUACGCUGAAAGUGGAAGCGUUGCUAGGAUUGAACCUAAUCGAAAGUGGUUCGGUAAUACGAAAGUAAUUGCUCAAAAUGCAUUACAAAAAUUUCAGGCUGAAAUGGGUAAAGUAUCUAAGGAUCCAUUUCAGGUAAUUUUACGACAAAGCAAAUUACCAAUGUCACUAUUAAGAGAAAGUACCAAGCAGAAAAAUCGAGCUCAUAUUCUUGAUGUAGAGAGUUUCGAAAAUACCUUUGGUCCAAAAGCUCGUCGUAAGAAGCCUUCUAUACAGUCAGAGGACCUCCAGGCAAGAUUUAAUAAAAUUGCAUAUACUAUAUUACCGAAGCACUAUUACGAUGCUAAUCAAGAUAAAGAUUUAGAACGUGCAACUCCGGAUACAAAAGAUGAAACUCAAGAGAUGAUAUUUACAGCUGGACAAUCUAAACGUAUUUGGAAUGAACUCUAUAAGGUGAUCGAUUCGUCAGACGUUAUAGCGGAGGUUUUGGAUGCUAGAGAUCCAAUGGGAACACGCUGCAAGAAUGUAGAAAAUUAUCUCGCCAAGGAAAAGCCUCAUAAAAAUCUCAUUUUCAUUUUAAAUAAAUGUGAUCUUGUACCUACUUGGGCAACUUCACGUUGGGUUGGAAUCUUAUCGAAGGAAAAGCCAACUGUUGCUUUUCAUGCUAGUAUGACAAAUCCCUUUGGUAAAGGAUCAUUAAUUAAUGUGCUGCGUCAAUUUGGGAAGCUUCAUAAGGAUAAAAAACAAAUCAGUGUUGGAUUUAUCGGAUAUCCAAAUGUUGGGAAAAGCUCUGUAAUUAAUGCACUAAGAGCCAAAAAGGUCUGUAGCGUGGCUCCUAUUGCCGGAGAAACUAAAGUGUGGCAGUAUAUCACUCUUAUGAAGAGAAUUUUUUUGAUUGAUUGUCCUGGUGUUGUAUAUCCUGCAGAUGACUCUGAAACAGAUAUCAUCCUUAAGGGUGUUGUUCGAGUAGAGAAAGUAAAGGAACCUUCUCAAUAUAUUCAGGCCGUUCUGGAUAGAGUCAAACCUGAAUAUAUACUCAACACGUAUAAAAUUCAGCCUUGGAACGAUGCUGUACACUUCCUGGAGCAAAUCGCUAAGAAAGCUGGCAAGCUAUUAAAGGGAGGAGAAUGUGAUCUUAAUUCGGUUGCGCGUAUGAUUCUCAAUGACUGGCAGCGUGGUAAAUUACCCUAUUUUGUUUCUCCUCCGAAAUUGGAUGACGAGCAGGUCACUGAAACAAAAGAGGCCAUUCCAUCCGAUAAAAUAAUUUCUACUGAUAAUUCUGAAGGUGUUCUUACAUUAAAGGAUACAACUUUAGAAAGCAUGGAGAACAAUCUUGAGGUUUGUCCUUCGGAUAAAGAAGAUAACGACCUUAAAACUGAUGAAAAGAGUGAGACUUCAAGCACAUUAUCGGAUGGCGACGACGAUACCGAGCUAUCUGGUGAUGUUCAUCUGAAUACUGAUCUAUCUAGUAAUAAAAGUAUAAAUGAUCCUUUGGACGCUGAUAUAUCAAAUGUAAAACGACCAACGUCGACGUAUGAAGUCUACUCGAAAAACAAUGUUAUUUGCGUUGUUGCAAAAGGUGAUUCUCCAGAAGCUGAUAUAAGAGACGAUGAAUAUACAACAUCAAGUGAGUAUGAUUCUAAUUAA